AUGCAUAGCAUGCGAAACCACCAAGAGCAAGGAAGCAAGAGGUUGGUUCCAUCCCUGACCCGAUCCGCUGUAUAUCUGCUGUCCACCUUCAUUUACACAACAGCGCUUCGCGGGGCCGACGCCUUUGUGCCACCGACCGGAGGCUUGGCGAAGGCGCCCUCGUCUGCUGUGCAUGUAUCCAGCACCAGCAGCCGACGAGGUUGUUCGGGCGUUGAUGUACGCGUACGGGGUAUUGAGAGGAGCGCACGGCCGAGAAGUACAGGCCGACAGCAGCAAGGGCAAGGGGAUGUACUGAUGGCUCAGAUGACGGAUGAGGAGAUGGCCCUCGAUCAGGCAUUGAUCCAACGAGUGACGGAGGAGGUGGAGGCAGAGUCCGGGGUGGAACUGGACCAGCUCAUCAAUCCCGCCAAGGUGAUCAAUCUAGAGAGGGAUCUUGUCAAGCUUCGUGCUGCGUUGGAAGACGGACCUGGAAACGACCGAAAGGCGAUCGAGGAGGAGAUCGCGAAGAAGGAGUCCACGUUGGUGAAGGAAAAACGCAUGUACAUGCAGGGCUGGCUCAAGAAGGUGUUCGUUGGGCAGGCCGUGAUCACGACCAUCUUGGGAGGCUUGAUGGCUAGCGACCAGGUGCCGUUCUUCCCUCACGUGGACAUUUCCAUCCAAGUGCUGGGGUUCUGGUUCGUAUGGCUCUUCACGGUACCGUCGCUGAGAGCAAGAAAGCCAGGGGCGUCGGAGAAGGUGGCCUUGGACAUUGCCUUCCUCGCCACGCCGGUCGUGAGCUUCGCCAUGCCCUUCGUCACUAAGGAGCCGGUGCCCAUCUACUGGGCGAACAUCGCUACGUUGGUGGCAUGCUACGGGUACGGGUUCACGGUAGGGAAGCCGGAUGACGGAGAAGGAGGAGCUAGCAAGAGCCAACCCAAAUGGCUCAAGUUUAUCUUCAAGGUGGGUCUCACAGGGGCGACACGAGAAGCUGAUUUUGUGAUGCACAUUAAAACACUACCACCAGAGACAAUGAGAGAGUGA